UGUGGCGAAGUGUAUCGUUGAUUUGUACAGAAGCUCUGUGUUAUCCUAACGUGCACACAGCUUAACAGUAUAAAAAUUAAGACUUCAACCGAACCACUCGGUAGUGAAGCGGACGUAAAACCUAUCAAUCAAUCAAGCUCGAUGGAUCUACCGACCAAUACCACGAAGGCUCGACAAAGGAUUAUAUCAUAUAUAAGAAAGACACCACUGGAAUAUUCUCUCGGUCUAAGUAAGCUGGCUGAUGGUUGUGAUGUUUAUAUCAAGCUAGAAAGUGAGCAGAUAACAGGAUCAUUCAAAGCGAGGGGAGCUUUUAAUAAAAUAUUGAUGAUCGCAGAAAGGAGUCCCGAGUCCAAACAGAAGGGAGUAAUAACCGCGUCGUCUGGUAAUCAUGGUCUAGGUUGUUUGGCAGCAUGCAAAAGGGCUGGAAUACCACUUAAAGUUUACUGCCAGGAACACGUGGACACUGGCAAGAAGAAGUGGAUGGAGGACCAAGGGGCAACCGUUGUUCAGAUAGGCGAGGAUUGUGUAGAGGCUGAAGAGGAAGCGCGGAGAGUUGCAAAUGACACUGGCGUAGAGUAUAUUUCUCCCUACAACGAUUACGAUAUUAUUGCAGGACAGGGAACAAUAAGCAUUGAAAUUUUAGAACAACUACCGGAAGUGGAUGCUAUCUUGGUGUCAGUUGGGGGAGGUGGAUUGAUAGGUGGAAUAGCAAGAUAUGCUAAACAAGUGAAGCCUUCUAUCAAGAUAAUUGGCUGCUCGCCGGAGAAAUCUAAAGUGAUGCACGAAAGUGUGAAAGCUAAGAAAUUGAUAUACGAAGAAUCGUUCGAUACCUUGUCGGACGGAACGGCAGGUGCUAUAGAGGAAAAUGCUGUGACGUUCGAGCUGUGCAGGGAUUACGUGGACGAGUGGAUACUAGUCACAGAGGAACAAAUAGGAAAGGCUAUUGUCUUUAUGGUGAAGAAUCACCACAAGAUUGUUGAGGGGGCCGCUGGCGUAGCACUGGGAGCUUAUAUGUUCAACCCAGAAAGAUUUAAAGGUCUAAAGGUGGUGAUAUUAUCUUGUGGGGCAAAUAUCAGCACAGCGACACUACAGAACCUGCUAAAAGAAUAUGCAUAGUCAUUUCUCUUUUGUGUAAUAAGUGGUUCUCCUUCUUACUUCAAUGCUGUCUCUAUUUUGAGUUGAACGUUCGAAAUAUUGUUUACUGAUACUUGACAUUACAGAACGAAUUUUGGCAAAGAAAUAUUUUGCUUCUACGCUUAAUUAAAGACAUUGUAUACAACAUAAUUUCAAUUUUUUUUAAAAACAAUAAUCAAUUCUUAUCUUCAUAAUCUAAUCAAUUUCUUUGUCUUUGUCAGACACGGCAUUAUUUUUUCUUACAUUUCAAAAUGCAUGGCUUGUAACUUAUAAGUAUACUUAUCAAUAACAGGAUGUACAGAGGCUCGCUCACUUAAAAAGAAUAUUUUACCAGAACACCUAAAUUGCAAAACCCGUCUAUGGUAUUGAAUGUGCUCUCUGUGUUUUGAUAUAUGAUGUGUUUUGUUUUUGCUUUUGCAUCAAUAAAAUUGAUGUUUUUAAAGAUGCGCUUUUACUUCAUAUUUCUAGUAAUUGUAAUUGGUAAAGAAAAGGACAAUUGUGCAACGAAUUUUUAGUCAAUGUUCCGCAGUGAACCUUGCGAAAAUCAUUGCAUUUUACAAUGUUUUAACUUUCCCGAUCAUUUCAUUAUGUCUUUGACUGUCAAUAUUUUAGAGAAAAGUGAUCAAAAUACCGAUCGUCCUGCUCUUAGUACCCCGUACCGUAGAAACACAAAGGAACAUUUCAUGAGACAUAUGGGUGCAAUAGCGGUAGGAAGUUUGUCAAUCCAGAAUUCAGUCUUACAAAUAUCACCAUAGGGUAUUUAAUCAUAGCCAUCGACAUUACACUAGUUCCACAGAAUAGUUAGUUGAAAGUCUUAACAUGGACUCGAGAUGAACCACAAUAUGUCACAAAAGGAACUUCAUUUGCUUCUGUAUAAUGAACUUAAUAAGAGGAUUCAACUAAACCUCUUAUUGGUGGCCAUAUGGAAACUAGCUUAGAGUCUUCGUAAAAAUCAUUGAUGCUGUAGAAUGUAUUCAAUUCUUCGAAUCUAUUUGUAUGGAUAGUCACGACGCUUCGGUUACUCAACUUUUUAUAAAAACUGGCGAAUG